GGAGGAGGACGGAUGGAGGGAGGGGAACUCUGAGGAUAAAUGCGCUCUUUCAUUUCAAAGUGAGAGAAAUCCGUUACUGGAGGCACAUAUUUACAUCGACAGGAACGCACGGGGGAAAAGGGGGUUGAAGUUAAAUUAUGAAAACCACCGGACAGGAUCAUGGGUAACAAGUUAUCAGAGGAACCGCGCUCAGCAACUCACCUCAAACUUUUGGCUUGAUGGACGGAUUUUUUGUUCACAGGAGAGUUUGAUCCUCAAAGACGCGCUCCGGAGUCGGAUAAAGCGCGCUGCUGACUGACUGUUUGGGAAGGUGUUACACGUUAGUGAUGGUUUAAUGAUUCUGAACUGCGGCCUCUUGUUUGAUGGGACAGGUGCAGUGAUUUUCACGUGGGUCACUGAAGCGUCUAUUAAGUUUUUUUUUUGCUUAAUUUUAACCUUAAGACACCACAAUACCUAUCCAGCGUGGUGUCAGUAAAAAAUAUUCCUUCAGGGACUUUAAGCGCCACCACGCCAAAAACCACGGACAAGAAUACUUUUUAUUAAUUGUUUUUUUGUUUUUUUUUAUCUUAAUCUAUAUCUGACAACCCCCUUUCUGGUUUUGUGAACGGAUCGGUCCUGAAGUGAGCCUCACACAAGUACAGCAGACAUGCCACUGCAGCACCGUUUGACAGGAUUUUACUCAUCUCUGGGGGAAAGAGAGAGCUGAAAGAGCGCGUCUGUGCGUGCGUGUGUGUGUGCGUGUGUGUGUGAGUGUGUGUGUGUGUGAGUGUGUAUGUGUGUGUGGUGGACGCCAAUGUACUGCAUUUCCACCAGCUCAGGGGAGACCACUUUGUAAACAAGGGGAAAAAGGAACAAAAAUAGAAGAAAGAGAGACUGCUUUCACUCUGCUUCAUAAAUGGAGUUGCGCAAAUACCUGUUGUGCCUGGGGUUCCUCCUCCUUUUCAAAGAGUUGUGUCAGUGUUUCAACAUAGAUGUAAAGCAUCCACGCAUCUUCACGGGUCCAGAGGACGCGCUGUUUGGCUUUUCUGUUCUACAGCAUGAAGUGGAUGGAGAGAAGUCAAUGCUGGUUGGUGCUCCCUGGGAUGGGCCGCCCAACAACAGGAAAGGAGACGUGUAUAAAUGCAUUGUGGGAGAGGAGAGGAACUCAAACUGCAGGAAAGUGAAUCUAGGUGAGACUGCUCUUCAGAACGUUUCCAAAAACCUGAGGAAUUCCCACCUGGGAAUGACCCUCACUCCAGACUCACCUGAUGGCUUCCUGGCAUGUGCCCCGCUGUGGUCUCAGGAGUGUGGUACGUCUAUGUUCAGCACUGGUAUCUGUGCCUCUGUGAGCGAUGACCUAGAACCACGGGAGACCAUCGCUCCAACAGCGCAAAGGUGCUCCACAUACAUGGACAUCGUGAUCGUGCUGGAUGGCUCCAACAGUAUCUACCCCUGGUAUGAGGUCCAGAACUUCCUCAGCAACAUCCUCAGCAAGUUCCACAUCAGCUCGGACCAGAUGCAGGUUGGUAUACUUCAGUAUGGCGAGGUAGCAGUCCACGAGUGGUCUCUGAAGGACUACCAGACCACACAGGAGGUGGUAGAGGCUGCCAAGAACAUCAGCCGUCAAGAGGGACGAGAGACACGCACUGCAUACGCCAUCCACAUGGCCUGCACAGAGGCGUUCAGCGCUGAGCGUGGAGCGAGGGAGGGCGCCACCAAGGUGAUGAUCGUAGUCACAGAUGGAGAGUCACACGAUGGGGAGGAGCUACCAGACGCUCUGGCGGAGUGCGAGAACAGAAACAUUACGAGAUACGCCAUUGCUGUUCUGGGUCAUUACAUUCGUCGUCAGCAGGACCCUGGGACGUUCAUUAAUGAGAUCAAGUAUAUCGCCAGCAACCCUGAUGACAAAUACUUUUUCAACGUGACUGAUGAAGCCGCGCUCAAUGACAUUGUGGAUGCCCUGGGAGACCGCAUCUUCACUCUGGAAGGCACACUGGGCUACAAUGAGAGCUCCUUCCACAUGGAGAUGUCUCAGAUCGGCUUCUCCACACACAUGCUGGAUGAUGGCAUUCUGUUUGGGAUGGUUGGUGCCUAUGAUUGGGAUGGUGGAGUGCUGAAGGAGGGGACCAAUGGACGCAUCAUGCCGCCCAGAGAGGCUUUUGAGAGCGAGUUUCCACUGGAGCUCAAAAAUCAUGCUGCUUAUUUAGGCUACACGGUGUCAUCUGUGAUAGUUGGUGACUGGAGGAGACUGUAUGUAGCUGGGGCUCCCCGCUUCAAACACAAAGGCAAAGUCAUCCUGUUUGAACUCAGUAAUGAAGGCGAUGUCAACAUUGUACAGGCCCUCAAUGGAGAACAGAUUGGAUCCUACUAUGGCAGUGAGGUGUGCGGGCUGGAUAUCGACCAGGAUGGCAUCACUGAUGUCCUUCUGGUUGCUGCUCCAAUGUACCUCGGCUCAGGAAACAAGGAGGCUGGUAGAGUCUACAUCUACACCCUCAGUGGGGAAGAGGUGUUUGUGUUAAAUGGUACUCUGAAGUCAGAGGAAAAGUCCCAGGAUGCCAGGUUUGGUUAUGCACUGGCAGCCACUCCUGACCUCAACCAUGACAACUUCACUGACCUGCUGGUGGGAGCCCCGUUGGAGGACGAACACAGGGGGGCCAUCUAUGUCUACCAUGGAGACGGUAUUUACAUCAACCACAAUUAUAAGCAGCGUAUUCCAGGGUCAUCGAUUUCUCCCUCCCUGCAGUAUUUUGGCCGCAGUGUGAGUGCUCGGUUGGACUUGGAUGGAGAUGAGCUAAUAGACUUGGCAGUGGGAGCGCAGGGCAGUGCCGUGCUGCUCAGCUCUCGAAGCAUAGUCCAGAUCAAUGUGAGUCUGUCCUUCCAGCCGCACUCCAUCAACGUCAUUCAGAAGACCUGCCAGAGGGGUGGCAGAGAAUCAGCCUGUCUGAAUGCCACUGCCUGCUUCACUGCUGUCUCUCGCUCCCCUGGACCACAUAGCAACAGCUUUGAUCUGUGGGUGUCAGCGAUGUUGGAUGACAGGAAGUUGUCUGCCCGGGCCCUGUUUGAUGACAGCUCCCACAGACAGACUCAGCUGGCAGUCCGAGUUCACACAGGACAAACUCUCUGCUACAAACUGCCUUUCCAUGUCUAUGACACAGCAGAUUACAUCCGUCCGAUCAGCUUCUCGCUGCGGUUUAAGAUCAACAACACUGAGAGCGGUCCGGUGUUGGAUGAAGGCUGGCCAACCACUGUCAAGAAAUCUAUCCCGUUCUUUAAAGACUGUGGUGAGGAUGACGUGUGCACCACAGACCUGGUGCUGCAGGCUCAUAUGGACAUCUCUGGGACGAGGUACAGAUUUGAGACAUUCCUCUCUUCGCUGCAUCUUCUCAGCUGUUGGGGUUUCAGUGAGUUUUCAUUGUGUUGUCUCCACAGACAGAAGCCUUAUGUGAUUCGCAGCCCUCGUAGGCGUCUGGCGGUGGAGGUACAGCUCCAGAACAGACUGGAAAACGCCUACAACACCAGCCUGACGCUGCACUAUUCACGCAACCUGCACUUCUCCAGCCUCAGCAUUCGGGAGGAUGCCCACUUUAAGAUUGAGUGCACAGCGCUUGGUGCUAACAGCCACUCGUGUAAUGUCAGCUAUCCAGUAUUUCGCUCCCAGUCAAAGGUCAACUUCAUGUUGGAAUUUGAGUUCAGUUGCACAUCUUUGCACAAUCGAGUCCAGAUGAAGCUCAAUGCUGCCAGUGACAGCGUGGAGAGAGAGGAUACUCUGGGGGACAACAGUGUUCAGCUGCAGAGUUUUGUUCAGUAUGAACCAGACCUCUUUGUCAGCAGUGACUCUAAUUUGAACCGAUAUGAGGUUCAUCCCACUCGAACAGUGUCAGAGGCAAUUGGACCAGAGUUCUACACGCACCUCAGGCUGCAGAACCUCGGCUGUUACGCUGUGAGUAAUUUGGAGUUGAGGCUGCAUCUGCCCUCUGUGGCUGCAGGAGACAGUGUCUUCAUGACUAUCACUGAUGUCUUCUCAUACAACGCUACAGGAGUGAACUGCAGCGUGCUGAGUGAUCUGGCCCAGCUGAAGGCCAGACAGAGAGACGUACGACCCCUUCAUCCUGAAGACAUGAUGCAGAAUGACAUACUGAAUUGUAGCAGGUCGUGGUGCACAGAGGUCGUGUGUGAAGUCCAGCAACUUCUGAGAGGGCAGGCUGCUGUCAUUCGCGUCAGCCGCAGAGUCCAUGAUGACUUUUUCAGAAAAGCCAAAUAUAAGUCAGUGAGGAUAAUAGGUGCCUAUCGCCUCACAGCUCAGGAGACUAACCUCAUCACUCUGGACACAGGAACAGUCUGGAGGGAGACUGUACUGGAAGUGCUAAAGGGCCGAGCUAUUCCCAUCUCGCUCUGGAUUCUGAUCGGCAGCAUCAUUGGAGGUUUACUGCUACUGGCCCUCAUCAUUUUCGCACUGUGGAAGCUGGGGUUCUUCACACGCAAACACAGAGGAGAGGAUGAAAACCAUGAGGACUGAGCCCAACAUUUGCUGCCACGACAACAGUCAUUUACUAUGACAACUACCACAUGAGCCGAGUCCACUUCCCACCAGGCACACAGAUAGUCCUGGGACUGGACUCGCGACACAGAUGCAACAGGGACCUUCAGGACCAAAGAAAGCAUCACGAGGGUCAAACAGAAAUGCACUACCCACUAUUUCCAGGGUUGGGAGCACUUGUGUAAAUAAUCUUUUUCUAAUUUCUAAGGAAAACCAAAGUGUAUUAAACCACAAUACUUCUAUUUAAUAUACAGAAAUCUUCAUGGUUUUACAUUUCAAGCAAUCACUUUGUCCUAUUUUUGUCAUUCAGUUUUGUGUUUGUUCUGUAAUGAAAUUAAAAGUGUUGAAAAGUA